AUGCUGGAUCUCUGUUUAACGCCCAAAAUGGCGGCACGGUUGAAAACUUUUGCCUGUUUUAUCCAACUUUGUCCCUCUUCUGGAGUACUUUAAUAGCUAUUUUAGCGCCAUUGACACAAAGCGUACACACACGGUUGGUAAACCGCCUUUUUUUCUCCUGGUUGACGAAGAGGGCCCGAAACCAGAAUGACCAUUUUUCUCUCAAGUGAAAUUUCGGGCAUCACUUUCCCAAUGCUAGGCUAAGCCAAGCUAAGCUAAGCUAGGCUAGCAAGCUUUCUAAGGUGGACAUGCUUUACCUGACCUGGACCUCACCGCUGAGCUGAAUAUGAAGAGGAGCACCGUCACGUAGAAAUGGAGGAUGAUGUGAAAAAAGUGAAAAAGGUAAAACAUGACUUUAAACUUUUUUGGUAAAGUAGCUGCUAUGCUAAAUCACCAGCUGUACAAACCAGGUUAGCUGCAGUGGAAAAGCUGAGUUUGGUCAAAUAUCGAGGAAUUAUCAGUCUAAAUGAGUUUGUUAGGACACUGCUUCGUUUAGUAUCCUCACAUUUAUUCAUGACACUGAGCAGUAUUGACAAAAAGAACAACUGGGUUAGGGUUAAAUGGAGUAUUUUAACAUAAAUGAAGUGGAUUAAAUAUAAGUAAUACUCUCACAACUACACCUUUUAACAAAAUAAUAAUUUGAACAGAUGAUGGAUAUAAAGUUCAAUAAUCAGUUGUGUGAUCAUGUCAAUAUAAAUUGAAGCUUCCUUAAAGAAGAUUUUGUGGUGGAGCUGGUCCAUUAAAUCGCCCAUGUGUUCCCAGUGUUAUAGCUGGACAGAUAAUGUAAAAUACAGAUGAAUUAGUGCCACCUGAGUGGGUUUACAGGAGCUAUUUAAGGUGCUUUAAUUUGAUAUACGGCAGAGGCAGACUGAUUGAGAUUAAUGGCAUAUUUUAGUACUCAGGCAAUGUCACCCAUGUGUUUUAUAUUCAUUAAAAAUCCAUUUAGCUGGCUGACCAUAAAUAAUCAUAAAUGUUUGAUUUUAAUCUGCAUGAAAUAAUACUGACUUCAUAAAACUAUAUUCCAAUUCACCAUGGAUAUUUAUUUCUUUUUUGAUAAUGUAAAACCACUGGACAGACCUCAGACUUCCUUUGUUGCAAUAUUUUAUUUAGCCAUCUACAGUUAUGAUAAUCAUGUCAGUUAUUUAUAAAACCUUUGACUUAAGCAAGUUGUUUACCCAUGAGAGUGAGUUUUGUUGAUUCUGUAUUGCAGCGUCAGAAGAAUUCUCAGUAAGGCAGUGAAAGCACCACAUUUCCCCCUGUAAUAUCCCCGGCUGUUAUGUGCAAACGUGGAUCAUGGGAGAUCUGUGCGCCUGACAUCAGCUGUCAGAAGCCGCUGUUAUCAAUGUCAGUCAUGCUAAAAGGAAUCAGCGCUCCUAGCUUGUUCAGACCAUCCUGCCCUCUUUCUCACAUACAGCACAUACAGCCUAAUGAUCCUGUUUGAUACAGAGACAGAUCUUUUAGUUCAGACACACAGCAGACGUGUCUUUUAUCCCCUUUCCCCUGCUGUGUCUCUGUGCAGAUACAAGGGCUGUUUUCUCUCUAUUCCUCUGGCCUGCGCAGGAGGAAACUGAGGGGCAGGGCAGGACUUUGACAAGCUUUCACAGUCUGAGCAGAGCUAUAACAAGUGAAGGGUCUGAGGUUAACAUCUUUUCCAUGAUAGUGCUGGUCAUCCCCACAUAUUUCCGUGACAAAAGCACUGACGGUGUUCCCAUAUCCACCUCCAUUUAAUCUGAGGAGUUGGAAAAUAUUGAUGGAUGGAAAUAAAGUGUCACGCAGAGUAAGAUAGUGUUUGUUGUUGGUAGGAAAUGUUUUUGUUGCUAAUCUGAAGUAGCCUAUGUCAGCUGUUUUGAGAAUGAAACCAACCCCUGAAACUUCGCUUCACUGAAAAGAAAAAAAAAGGGGGGGUUUUAACAGAAAAAGAAUGUUAAGAUUUAGUAAACCUGCUUUUUUUGUGUUUAAUACCUUUUGGAUGGGCAAAUAGGAAGGAUUUUAAUGUCUCAUAGUCAUUUUAAUAUAAUUUAUGAUUACAUUUUAAUCACCAGCUUCAUAAGACCUUCUGUGGCCUCUUUUUGGUGGUAAAAGCUUUAUAAAUACUGCAAAAAAUGGAUGAGUACUGUAGUGUCUUUUAUAGAUUUUUACAUGUCAUGCAUACAGUUUCUGUUUAUGCCACUUGGUGGUGACAGUGAACAGCAUUCGCAACAGUGUAUAGACUGAGUCUUGCAUAAUUACACAGGGCUUCAGUAAAAGCUCAAACUCAACACUUAAAUGGUUGAGUUUGACUUUCACUUUGCCCACUGAUGAAAUGUGAAACUUAACUUUAUCAUGAAAUUUAGACCGAUACUUUGAUGCCAGAUCAGAAAGUUAAGAAAUGAAUUCCCGAAGUACUUUCAAGAGAUCUCGGUGAGCCAUCACAGAUCAGGUCUUUAGCGUAGGUUCAUCCCAGCUGACACAAUGAUGUCUAAACAGAUUACAAACUACACAAAAAGGAUCAACAGUGAACAAUGUUUGUAUUUGACCAAAGCACUGAAAGGACAAGCAAAAGAUUCAUACGCCUAUUGGCUACUGUGGAAAACACCAACAUAGUCUUGACUUUUACUUCCUUGAAAUGAAAAUCUAAAUAUCAGCUGCAAGCCGUGAAGGUGAGUUUCCUGUGUAGGUUUGAAGUGUAAGGAAGUUUGAAAGUCACCUCACCCAUCACUGCACUGAAACACCCCAUAGCAUUUCUCCUUUAUUUGUACACGGACUGUCGCCAAAAAAAGCACUUGUUCCCCUUACACUAGGGUCAACCCCUGAAGCUCUGAUCUCACGUUUCACAAGGAGAGGCCAUGAAAUGUUAAAGCAUGAGCAGAUAAAUAAUGCACCGGUUAAAGGUGUCUGUGCUCUUCUUGGUUGCUUUAAGUCUUAUAUUCUAACUGUAAAGUUUGAGUCAAACACAUCUGACUCUUUUUGUUUUUUGCAUUGAUCAUCAGUGUUGGGUUCAAUUUAUUACAUUGUAUGAUCUUCGCUAUGUGAUGCAGUUUCCAGACAGGGUCCUCUAGGUGAAAGAAGAGCGAUGUGAUGAAGCGUCACUCUUCUUGCUCAUUUAAUCUGUGCAGAACAAAGCUGUGAGGAAAGGGCUGAAAAAUGUUUUCUACAUAGCGUGGCUCUCCGUCAGUUUCUGUGCACUUUUCACCUUCUGACAGCUGCAGGGUUGUUUAUACUUUAGAUGUCACGUAUGCGGUUUAAAGUAGCAUAAGGUCUCGUAUACCUGUGGUUAAGUCAUGCUGAAGUGGACCAUCAGUUGCAGGUGUGAAGGCUUGUUGAGCGAUGAAGUGAAGCAACCAGAAACUGCUAAAAUCAUCCCAUAGCAUAUUCAUCUUCUCAGAAAAAUGAUACCUAAAAAAAAAAAAAAACACACACACGAGUUAUCAUUUCUCUUACUGCUUCAGAUCUUCACUCUUAAUAUUCUAAGUAUAAUCGCACGUGUCAUCACAGGAAGUUGUGGCUAGUCUUCUUCCUGCUCUUGUGCUUGAGUUUAGAUGCAGACACUUCCCUUUCUCUUUGUCUUUGAGGGAGGUAACACCCCUCACACACACACACAAACACUACCUCAACGCUUGAUGCUUCAUGUCUGUCACUGGCUGGCAGCUGUCACCGUGUGCGAGUGGGAGCAACAGGUGGAUAGUUAAUUCACUGCGAGAGCGACGGCAUCAGCGGUCAGACUAUAUGUUUGCCGCCCAAUAGGCGACUCUUCAAGAUCUUGGUUUCAUGGAGAACGAGGUAGGCUGUGCAAGAUGUUUGCACGGAUGGAGAUAUGUGAUGUGAGAUGCAAAGGCUUAGUGCAUAAAAAAUGCGUCUCGAUGAUUGUUGGCCUCACUUAACUGAGCUGUUUAAUAUCACUGCAGUGUUACAAUUGUACUGGAAAUACUUGCGCUUAAGAGCUGAUGCUUUGCAAGCAAACCAGUGAGGUCGAAUUGAAUACAAAGAAAUACGUCAUUUCUCUUGCUGCUUGUUCGUGUUCUAGAUUUUGGUUUGCAAAAGUGAUGAUCAUGUUUUCAACUCUCAGAGCUUAACUGCAGAGUCCUUCAGUGUUGCAAGAUGCAGAGUUUCCCUUUGUGCUCGCUCUUGUUGACAUUUGAGCAACACAUAUUGAGUAACACAGAAGGCUGCGUACUGCACUGGCAAAGAGUCCAUCUGCUGUAUCUGCAGCUUGUAGCACAGAGAGGGGAAGCAGGAAUCACAAGGCGUACAAGCAGCACCACAUUCACACAGAGUUUGACUGAGUUAUUUUUGUUUGCUCUAGUGUUGCCAGACCUUUGUUUCAAACUUAAAAGCGUGGUGCAGUAAUUAUUAGAAACAGAUGACUCAAAAUGUUCAUUGAAGAACUAAAUAAUGAGACGCAUCCACACAAACUAGUCAUUUAGUUUCAAACAGCAGCUUGUUUUUCUUACUUCUUUGCUCCCUGCUCUCUUUUGUCUCCCUCCACCAGCCUGGUAUCGUGUCUCCAUUCAAGCGAGUCUUCCUGAAAGGAGAGAAGGGGAGAGACAAGAAGGCCCAGGAGAAAGCCACUGAGCGCAGGGCCCUCCACACCUUCUCACUCUCUCAGCCUGACCAUCGCAUCGAUCCAGACAUCCUGCUCAAUGACUACAUUGAGAAGGAAGUCAAAGUGAGUGUCAAACGCAGAGAUAAACCCACAAUACACCAAUCUGUUUCUGUACUUUUCACACAGAAAGAAGUAGUAGUAAAAAUAAUUGUGCGUGUUCUGUCCAGUAUUUGGGACAGCUGACAUCCGUUCCAGGAUACUUGAACCCCUCAAGUCGCACAGAGGUGCUGCAGCUCAUUGACAAUGCCAGGGUAAGUUUGUAAACAGAAGUCAGUUCUGCUCAGCAGUUGUAAAAACCUCUGAAGCACGAAAAACAACCUAAUAGUCGGCCUCUGUGAUUGUCAGAAGUCCCAUCAGUUGGCAGGCCAGCUGACAUCAGAGCAGGACGCCGUGGUGAGUUUGUCGGCGUACAACAUCAAGCUUGUUUGGCGCGAUGGAGAGGACAUCAUCCUGAGAGUGCCCAUCCAUGACAUCGCUGCUGUCUCCUACAUCAGAGACGACUCUUUGCACCUGGUGGUGAUCAAAACAGGUAUAAAAUAAUCAAAGACCGUGAAAUAGGACUGAGCGAUCUGGCAAAGUAACUGAUCACAAUAUAUUUUGUCGUAUCAUCCGAUAUCGAUUAUUAUCGCUUUUUUUAUUUAUUUAUUUAUUUUUUUUUUUUUAAACUGCCGUUUUAAAGCAUUUGUACUAAAAAAAUAAAGAAACCAUUUUUACUUAACAGUACAACAAAUGAAGACAAAUACUAAAUAAUACAGUGAACUAGUUCACAGUCGUGAGUGUUUUAUAAAAAAUAAAAUAAACAAAUGGCUCCCUCAGGGAUAAUGAAGACGCCUUAAAAUGUAAACAUUAGGUGAUGUAAACGUAGAUGAUAUGAUUGAUUGCUGCUUUGGUCUGGUGGCUGCACAACUAGUUGUAGCUAAACUGCUAAUGCUAAUUGUGCCGUCAGCAGUGACAGGCUGUGCAGACUGCUCACAUUUUCACGCUUUCCUCAUAAUUACUCAGGAAGUACUUCUUUAAACGAUUAAACAGAUUUGCUGUGUUGCCGAACUGACCGCCGACAUACCUUACACAUCUGCUUAAUUGCUUAAUGUCACUUUGGAAAUACAAGAACCACCACCACACAACCGACAUUAAAUAACUUUUCUUCUCAACAAUGGCAUCUUUGGAGGAUGACUCAAAGUCAUGGUUGACAUCUAUUUUGCUGCCCUCAGCUCCGCCUUUAGCUCCACGUUUGGUCGUUCUUGGCUGUUGUCAUGCACAUUUCCACCAUGAUGAUCAAGUAAAUAUGCUCACAGCUGAUCACUAUGAUCGAACUGAAAUUUAUCACAACCAUGAAUCACAAUCAUAUAAUCGCCCAGUCCGACCAUGAAACCAGUGUAGUGUAGUUUUUGUAACGUUGGGGCUUUCACUUUACACGUAAAAAUAACUCGUCUUUAUUGCAUGAAUGUAAAUCUUUAUGUGACUUCAAUGAAGAAAAAAUUAGCUGCCCUUCUCUCAAAAAUGAAGCCAAGAUGGUCUGCAGACUUGACAAGGAUUUAACUUUUGAAUGAAGAAGUCUGAUAGUGUGACCUUUUUCUGGUUUUCAGCCCAGGAUUCAGGAGGUUCUCCUUGUCCCAGCUCGUGUCCUGAUCUCAACAAAUCUCAGACCCUGAGCUCUUUAUCAGAGAGUGGAGCUGUGCUCGUGGAAGUCUGCUGUCUACUCGUGCUGGCUGUUGAUAAUAAGGUAGUUUCUUUUGGCUGUGACUGGAGCCUUUGAUGGUGUUUAUUCCCAUAGUUGAGUGACAGUUCUUGGGUGAAUAUAACACCCUUCAAACUGGACUGCACGCCUGAUUAUGAAAGUCUUGAUUCACGGUAUUCCUUUUAAUUUUCACGUCUAUAUCAGGAAAAAAGUACCAAAGUUCUCUGCAGAAGUCCUGCUUGGUGGCAUUUACUAGACAUGAUUAAUAUGAUUGAAAGAGAUAUUUUAUUGUAAAACUUCAUUAUUAGAGCUCAUAGUUAACAGCUGGGGGUUUUUUUUGUAUCUCACAGGCGGCAGCAGAGGAACUGUGUCUCUUGCUCAGUCAGGUCUUUCAGAUCGUUUACACAGAAUCCACCAUUGACUUCUUAGACAGAGCCAUUUUUGAUGGAGCGACCACGCCUACUAGACACCUUUCUCUAUACAGUGGUGAGUUUAAAAACAUGUUCUCUCUGUAAAAAAAACCGAGUCCGAUUCAAACCUGUAAAUUUGUACCCCUCUGCCUCUUCUUCAGACGAUUCUUCAAGCAAAGUGGAUGUUAAGGAGGCCUUUGAGGCUGAAGCCGGCACAUUGUAAGAGUUCUGCCCUUUUGAUAGAUUUCUAUUUUUGCCAACAGUGAUCAAGACAAACUUUGAAACAAAGUGGUCUAUUUUUACUUGGCACUUACAAGAGGUGAAAUCCUCUCUCAGUCCUUUUCAAGGCUCCUUGGAGGCAGAAGAAAACUCUCCAUCAGCUUCCUCUCCAGCAUCACCUCAGACGAAGACCGCCAGUGAAGGAGAGCUCAGUACCACAGCUACUGAGCUGCUGCAGGACUACAUGACCACUGUAAGACACUUUCCUAAACCAUCUCCUUGUUCUGUAAUUCAGGUUUUUAGUGGAGGAGUUUUAAAGACUUGAUUUUAAUCAUUUCUUUUCUUUGUGUGAAAGCUGCGGACAAAACUGUCAUCACAGGAGAUCCAGCAGUUUGCCACCCUGCUCCAUGAAUACCGUAACGGCUCCUCCAUCCAUGAGUUCUGCAUUAACCUGAGACAGCUCUAUGGGGACAGCAGGAAAUUUCUCCUACUUGGUAUUGCAUUUCAAAUUCCCUAAAAGUGACAGUACAGAGAUCUUACAUGGUAGACCUCAAUGUGCUCAUGAAUAACAAGGGCUGAGAACAAAGGUUCUUGCGACAGUUUCCUGAUCUUAUGUGGCGUUCACUCCAAGUGUAUGUAAAAUCAUUCGUGUGAAUGAAUUACAUGUAAAGUCAAUGCAAAGACGCGAUUAGACGCUCAUACUACUCUGGCGGCGCGAAUUGGGCAAGUCAUUCACGCGAGUUCGUGUCACAGUAACUAAUCAGCAUAAAGAUUCCCGGGUGAAGUAAGAAAUCGGACUACAAGAUGUUCGCUGGUGUGAAAAUAUGUACACAAACCCAUUUACUCUCAGCAGACAGAUGGACAGGGGCUCUGCAGCUGGGAUACAGUGCCUGUAAUUGGUAUCCUAGAGGGAUAUCCUGGCACCGCCCCUUACCAACAGGUCGUCAAAUUUGGUUUAGGUAACCCAAAAAUACAGCUGGAAACUGCCGUCAUCCAGGCACAGCUGUCAGAGGAGACCCAGACAUGGCAGCACCAACAUCUGUGACAGUUGUGGACCUUUCACAACAAAAACAAAGCGGCAAUCCGCUGAAUGGGGUUCACUCCUACCAUACUUGAUGGAGACUCUCCCACCUCUUUCGCAUCCACAGCUAGCAGUCCGGAGGAAGGUUGGUGAGGAGGUCAGAUUAUGUGGUAGAUUGUAAAAAAAAAAAAAACGUCAAUCACUUGAUCCUGCCAGUCGAAUUGGCAAGGAUCACUGUUGAAAUUAGCAUAAACGGCUAUCCACGGCUUUUAAGCACUCUGUGAAUGGUGAAAUUGGACUAAAUAAUUCUUGGGAAUAGAGCAAAUCAUUCACGUGGAUGAAGUGUGUGAAUACUUUUCAUUCAUGGGUCUAGAUGUGCGCGAAUGAAGCGAAUAGAAGAUUUUAUUUGCGCUUGGUGUAAAUGGCCCAUUAUAGGUGAAAACAUGGAAGGUGUUAACUUUCUUGUGCAAAGCCCCAUUUUGCUAAAAUAGCUUUACCCAAUCACAGUCCAUGACCGCACAUGUCUCAUGUCCUCCCUGCAGGCCUGCGUCCCUUCAUCCCAGAGAAGGACAGCCAGCACUUUGAGAAUUUCCUGGAGACCAUCGGGGUGAAGGAUGGCAGAGGGAUCAUCACAGACAGCUUCGGUCGUUACCGGCGCACAGCCAGCUCCGCUUCCGAUUCCACCACCAAUGGCAAUGGAGCAGCAGGAGGAAGCGUCGCCUCGGACGAGGGCCAGGAAGCAUCCGAGGGGGAUGAGUGGGACCGCAUGAUCACCGACAUUAGCAACGACAUUGAAGCUCUGGGCUGUAGUAUGGAUCAGGAGGGAGUGACGCCCUGACAGGAUGAAUAAAGGGAAGUUUUUCUGCAUGAGGACUCAGCCAAUACUCAGCCAAAUAUUUAAGUGAAAGGGUCUGGGCUAAAGGGACCAGAUGAAGGUGGUCCCAACACCCACCUGGGAUUUGAUUUAUUGUAUUUUCCUCUAAUUGUCAAGAGGACGUUCUAUCCACCUACAAACUCAUGACACACCUCACCAAGAAAACAUGAAGUCAACAAAUGCACUUAAAGAGACGCUGUAGAGGACACACAGUCAGUCGGCUAUUUUUGCAUUCAGAGGGAUUCAUAGCCUUUGAUAUAUUUUUAAACUGCUUUGAUUUUUGUACUUCUUUAUUGGCAGUAUCUGCCACUGCUGUCACCAAUGUAGCGACAGUCUCCAGAGUCUUUGACAGGCUGGUUUGAACACCUUCAAAGACUCUGGAGGGUCAAUCAGAGGACUGUGUUUUUACAAGAUUGAGGUUGUACUGGUUUUGUGCUUUUGUGUAACUUUAGGUCAAUCAGCUUCAUCCACCAGGAGGACUUUGGUUUCCAUCAUUUAUUUCACAUUUGCGUGUUGCUGUGAGCGAGAAACAUUUUGCAUUAUAUAUAUAUUUUUGUUUUACAAGAUUUGUGUACCACUUUGUUUUUACACUAUCAGUUCUUAUCAGUGUUUACUCAUUUAUAUCAUUUUUACCUUAUCAAAACUGACCAAGGAAAUGCUGUAAAGAUUAAUUCUCAUUCAGUUCAGGGACUGAGUGGGGACUGUAUUUGACAAAGCCUGUUAGGUUAUGGCUGAUGUAAAUUUUGGAUUUAUUUUUCACCUCCUGCAGGUCAUAUCGUUGUGUCUUGUGACAUUACAUCUAACAGUCGUCGUGCCUUCACACUGCAGUACUGCUGCCAACUGUCUGCACACAGACAGACAGACAGACAGGGAGUUUAAGCAACUGUAACGACAGUUAUUGUGCAGAUUCAUGGUUAUUAAAUAACAGCUACUUUAUACAA